CGCUCCGAAAAGCUGAUAAGCAAAGAAUGGAUGACGUGACAUCAUAUGCAUCAUCCCGAAGAAUGCUGACUUCUCAAUUAAUUAUUUGAAUUAUGUAAGUGCAGCGGAACACUUUUAAUAUAAUAAUUAAAAAAAACAAAAAAAGACAGUCAUCUCGAGCGAUAGAAUCAACCCGGUGACGUCAUCGACGAGCGCCUCCGCUGGCCUUCGAAAUGGGCUCGACUUCUGAGCCUUGAUUUUUGUCACACAUCGCUCAUCUUAUCUCCUAAUUUCCACUCCCUUCAGCAAAGUCCUUCCGCGAUGACAAUUGGAGGAGAGCUGCCAGCGGAAGUCAGCCGGAGGAUUUCAGAGCUGGUGUCUGCACGGCCCGACUGGCUUGCCAGUGUCCAUUCCUACGGUGUCCAGUGAAUUUACUUUGUCAGUCCCAGCGUCGCAAUGAAACCAGCUCAGGAACGCAACCAGGAGUGCCUGCCUCCUAAGAAGAGGGACCUCCCUGUUAGUAACUGCGGCGGCGCUGCGGGGACACCGGCAGUUGGCUGUGCCGUUGAAAGAGGAGGAGUGGGUACGGGCGCCAGCGGCGGAGGUAGCGCUGUUGGAGAGGAGGAAGUGGGCUCCAUCCCAAACUGCCUGGCCAACAACGACUCUCAGGGAGGCCCUCCGUCCGGGGAGUGGCUGCGAGCUCAGCAGGGACUUCACUACGGCGUGGACACUUCUGAGGGCGUAUCAGCGGUGCCUGUCGACCAAUACAGUAUGCUUUAUAAAGUGGCUCCACCGUCUGUUACAUACUCGCCCACCAGUCCUCACACAGUGUUAAGCCACAUCUCUCCAGCCUACACUGUACACUCGCCCCUCCUGCAGCAUCCGGGCCUUCCUUAUCCCCAUUUGGGCUACACGCAGCUCCCUCAUUCUUCCCUCCAGUUUGUCAGCUCCCCAUACGCGGUGGUACCAUACGCUUUACCCCCCGGCUUUGUCCCCGGGUCCUUAAUCUCCCCCCCGGCGACCAUUCGUCAGGCCCAUGCCGUGUCACACCUCGUCCCUUACCCGUCUGUCAUGCAAGAAGGCGUGGUCUCCCCGCCUCCUCAGGCUCAGGUCGCCGCUCAUACCUUUGCCAAAGUUUCCGCAUCUGGCGGCGUCCCGCUGAUGCUGCCUUCGGAGCAGGCCGCCCAGCAGCACCUCGGCGCUGUCGGUGUCAUGUCCGCCGCAGAGCUCAGCUCACGGGGCAUGCCGGUCUACUAUCACCCUCAGGGUGCCACCAGAGCCACCGCCUCCAGGGACAGCCACGGUGCGCAUCAGGAAAAGGAGCCAGAGAUAAAUGGAGGGGAUAAGGAGCAGGGGGCCAGGGAGCUAUCUUUGGACUCCUCCUACCCUGGCAGGAACGCACGUGUGCAGCAGGUAGCUGCAAUCUCUGCAGCGCACGAACCCAACCAGAGACGCCAGCUGAGCUCACCGGGCCAUCGAAGCACUCCAGACAGUGAUUUGGAGGUGCAGCAAGUCGUUGGCAGUUUGGCCUCGUGCUCCUCCAGUCAAGGUGUCAGCGGCGGGCGUAAAGAGGUCUCCUUCGCCCCUUUGAAUCUGUCUCAGAUUGUCCAGCGAGCCAGAGACGUUCAUGGAGAAAACCCAGAUCAUGCGUCCGGCCGAUCCAGGUACGUGGCCCAACCUGUGAGCUAUGCUGAUACCAGAGUAGAGCAGCAGCAACCGGCCCACGCUGUCAUGCUCGCCAACGGGCAGCCGGUGCUCGUCCCUGUGGAGUAUCAUUCGCAGCUUCAACAACAUUACCCAGCACAGGCGAAUGACGGCUCUCCUAAGACCUCCUUCAAAGCUUCAGAUCCUUCAGGCCAAGCGUUUCUCUCUGAGAGGGCUGUGUGUGAGCCGAUCGCACCCCAGCAGCAGCAGCCUCCCGCUGAAGUGACACAGGCUUUAGCUUCUAGCGUUGUCCCCGGCCCGGCCGCGAGCAACCCGUCCCACUUCAUGAAGGGUGCCAUCAUCCAGCUAGCCACCGGGGAGCUGAAGCGUGUGGAGGACCUGCAGACUCAGGACUUUGUACGCAGCGCCGAGCUGAGCGGGGGGCUGAAGAUCGACUCCAGCAUGGUGGUGGACAUUCGCGCCAGCCAACAGAGGCCCGGUCUGGUGACGCUGCAUUUUACGGUGGGGGAGCAGCAGAGCAAGGUGACUAUCGACGUACCCCCGGAGCACCCUUUUUUUGUGUUUGGCCAAGGCUGGUCAUCUUACAGCCCAGAGCGCACGGCGCAGCUUUACGGCCUGGCCUGCCAUCAGAUGCAAGUCGGGGACGUGUGCGUGUCCAUCACGCUGCAGCGGCCGCCGUCACCGCAGAAAGCCACCGCGCAACCCCAUCACCCCCAACAGCGGAACACGGCCAGGACGUUAAGCAAAAGCGCUUCGGCAUCCGAGACCGCUCACCGGCUCAUGGGGCCGCCAGCCCCGCAGCACUCGCGUCCUCAGGCUCAUCUCAGGACGGAGCGCGUGCACAGGGACAGGCCGAGGGAUGGCGAGAAAGAGGCCGCGGACAAGGAAGAAGCCGCUCACCACCCCGAGCCCCACGUCAGACCGAGUCGGACCUCAGGCGAGCACCCCAGGAGUCAGAGCGGCUACCGGUUGCAUGCGGACGCCUCUGCCUUGGCUGGGGCCGUACUGGGCGCUUCUCAGAGACGCUGGUCCUCGCCCGGCCUCCAAAGAUACAAUAUGAAGGGAGAGCACGGCCCGUGUCCGCAGAUCAGCGCCUCGGGACACGUCCGGCCCUCAUUCAUACCCCAGGAGGUCAAGCUGUCCAUUGAGGGCCGCUCUAAUGCAGGGAAGUGACGACGGGGUUUGGUAGCACGUAGGGCUGAACGAUUCAUCAAAUUCAAAACGACAUCACAAAAUAGUAGAAUGCAGUUUUCAAAUUGCAACAUGACUGACGAGUCACACAUUCCUAAGAAGCACAAUCACCGGGAAAAGGUUCAGCAAUCUCUUAAAUCUUCACAUGCUCAAAGACACAACUGAUAAACAAUCUCAUAACGAUUGCGAAAUCCGGUAUGAUUAUUUGGAGAAAUUUUAAUAGUUUUUAUUUUAGAACUUUAACCCCAAACAUACAAACUGCAUGCCCAUUUCUUAAUUUUAUGGAUGAACACAUUUUGCCAAUAACGCCCACAACGAGCACAAAUCAAUACAAGUGAAAAGUUCAACUUUUAUUAUAUUGAAAGAAAAUCACAAAAGGACCUUGAAAAUAUAAUCACAUAUUAAAUUACAAUUACAAUAUUGAGGUAGAAAAAAAAUAAAUAAUCGCAAUUUGAUUUUCCUGAAUCGUUCAGCCCUAGUAGCAACGGUGGGGGAGACCUACUGCAGAUGGAGAAAAGAGUGUGAAUGUAGCCUGAGAAUGUUGAAGAUUUUUUUUGCACAUCCAACUGACAAAAGAAACAAACAAAAAAAAAAUCUUCAGUCGCCCAAAGGGAAAAGUUUGUAGUUUCCAGGAAAAGUCCCCUCACACUGCAUUUCUCCUCCCUCUGUCACCACUUCCUCACUGGAGGUCGCCAUCUCAACGGGAACGCCCCCGGCCGGCUUCCUUAUCGGACUGCACUCGGACUACUCCCGCUCGCGUUGGGAGCUGUCUCAUGUUGAAUCCAUUCCCGGCUGUCGGCGUCUGUUACGCGACGCCGACGCACAAAGCGCGGCGCGGCGCGGCCCGUCGCUCGUCUUGCAAUCCAACUUGUGAAGAAUCAAUCACACCCUGUUUUUGUCCACUAACGCCUCUCAAUGUCCGUUUGUCUGUUUGUGUGUCUUUGCUUAAGUGCAACAAACUGGAAUCAGUGCUUGAUUCAUUCCAGUAUCAUCAGUGAGGAUAUCCCCCCCCCUGCCCCCCCCCCCCCCCCCCCCGCCUUACCUCAAACCUUCUUAAACAGCAGACUGGGAACUUCGGGAAUAACCCGUAGAAUCAUGUUAGCCUUUGUCUCGAGUCUGCUCCAUUACCAAAAUUAAAGCAAUAGAGCCCUAAGCAGGACUCUCCUCAUUGGAUAUAUUGUUUUUCCCCAAAAAGUCAACCUUGUCUCACCCCAACUUUAAAAAAUGCUGCACUAGUCCCAUCCUCCAUUUAAUAGGCUUGUUGAUUGCUCAUUUUGAUCACACUUCGUCAAUUUCCUCACUUUUCUUUCUUUGUCACUGACCUUUUGCGUCACAGCGCGCCAAGGCAAUACCUUUGGAAAACUGAUGUGCAUUUUUUUUUUUUAUUUGUAUUUUUUAAAUCUGUUUACAAAUUAGCCAAGAUGAAUGCUGCAGUUUCCUCGUGCUCAUUGAAGAUACAGUACAAGUGCAAUUAGAAGACACGCAAACGCGCCAGGGUUUUAGUAAUCAGGCAGCACAUCACAGACAUUCCGACUGAAAAAGUAUAAAAAAAAAUUUUUUGUUUAGGUUAGGAACAUGCUUUUGGUUCAUAUCAUCUCCUGUCUGGCUGUCUUAGUGUUGUGACCAGUAAGCUUAAAUGUUAGUUCAAAAAGAAGUCUGGACACAUUCAUAUUUUCAUGAAAUGACAUUUUCGAUAACAUUUAAUUGGAAUAGUAUAUUCCUCAUAUGGUCUCAGAUUUGGUUUUCUUUUUAGAAGGAGGGACUAUCUUGUAACACAAAAGUAGUGCUUUGGCACAAUCUCUGCCAAGGUACUAUAUGGAAGUCAAGUAGGAGGUGCAUUUUGUCGUGACAAAGCCCUGUCUUAUGCGGUGCCAUCAAUUCCUCAAAAAGCGGGGUGAUGCUGUAUUCACAUUUUCAGUAUCAUUUCAAGCAAUUUGUUGAUUAGUUUUGCAAAAUUCAUGAUGAUGCAAUAACUCCCCAUUGGUGUUAAUUGUGUGUCCAGACUUUAGGGGUUUUGACGCUGUUAGCGAUACGGCUGCAACGUCGUCUUCUAUGCAGUAAACACAGCAGUAGCGCUCAGCCCACUGUUCUUCUCUUUGCUUUAUGGCUUGGGAAAUAUGUGCUCCCGCUCGCCAUGCAAAUCUGAAAACAAAGAAAACCUCAGAGAAACUCGUUAGAAAAGUCCAAAAACAUGAAACCUGAAUAAUGUUUGUAAUACGUAGUAGUAGUUUUCCUAACCUUUCUCCAGCCAAGGCGUAUUUUACAUGAGAAAAUUCUCCUGGCACACCACCAAAAAAUAAAGUAUACACAAGUCAGAAAGUAAGCGACGCUUGGCUUUUAAGUGGAAUUUCUAGAUGAACCUAAAUGGCACUAAAACCUCUAAUGGUAGACUUAAUUUGAUCUCUAAAUGUUUGCUUGCACAUGUCCGAGUAUUUUAAAUGUUUCAAAACCAACAAGAAGGUCAAUGGCAAAAUUCUGGUGGUUCAGGGGCAUGGUGGCCAUCGGGAAUUUGGAGAGUUUUUAGUGAUGAUCUAUUUCCUGGCCAUCCCAGUAUGUUCUUAGAACCAAUACAUUUUCUGGUUCAAAGAAAGCGAAAAAAAUAUGCGCAACCUUCUUUUCUCUCUUUUUUUUUUUUUAAAUAAAAAUCAAGGCAACUUCAAGCAAUAAUGCUAACAGGCUUAGAAAAUGACUUUUUGCAGGGCUUUGGGAAAAUAAAAAUCAUGCUCGUUCAAAAAAAGUUUCCCCCCCACCCCUGAUUUAGGGUCACUCACAAGUUAUUAACCCCAUGACAGGGCGUGAGCAGUAACGCUUGUCUUUACCUCCUGACCUCGGGGGACGCUCCAUGAUGUUAUAGCACCGUGCCAGCCGUUGGUGUUUUCUUUUGGGCCACUUGUGUAGACUUGGCUUGCUGUGAGUACUUGCACUAAAUGUCCACUUCUUGGCAGUGUUGUCGCUUUAACUUGAAGAGUCACAGGAUGGAAAUCACGGGUUGUGUGUCGUCGUCAUCGUUGCAUACGGAAAAGUCCUUUGAGCAUUUAUUUGAGAUUUAAACAUUGAGUUCCAUGUGCACUUUGUCCUCUCUAGUAGGAGAACUUGGCAGAUGAGACAAAUCUGUGCAUUAAUUGAAAUCUGCAUGCAACUGCUGAAGCAAUAGAUAUUAACUUGUAGAAUUUUAGAAUGUCACUCGUGCACUAGUAUGAAUAUUAUAUACAUAUAUAUGUGCAACUGUCUUUAGCACACUAGUAUGAUACUGAAGUUUAAGCCUUUAUUUGGUAUCUUGCUAGCGUGUUGAAUUGUCUUACUAGUGAGGACGAAGAAUUUACAAGAAGUACACGGACCUUAAGAUGAAUAUGGAAUAAAUGCUCAAUGGAUUUGCCCGAGUUGUGUGCCGUUGUCGUUCACAAACUUUGACCACGAUUGUUUGAUGCCUUAACUCCCGCUUUGUAUAAUGUGUGUGAGUGGUGGUCAACUUCCCAGAGGUGAAUUUUGAGGAAUAGUUCCACGUUGACUUUAAACAAGG